UCCAAGAUGAACUAACAAAGUGCAAUAACCAGUUUGAUAUGGCCUACAACACACUCGGCAAUGAUGUCAACUCUAUAGUUCAGAUAAUCGUGAAUCAUAUUGAAGAGCAAAUGUCGAAAUCAGCGAACUACAGCAUCAGCUUCAAGAUGCCAAUGCUCGAAUGACAGAAAUGAACCAUAAGACCUCGCUUGAUCUGUCUCGAUUUCUGGAGGAGGAGCGUACAAACGCUGAAACAGAGCGCCAUAAGCUUCUGACCCAAAUUGGUGCACUCUACAACCUUGAAUCUCAGCGUCGUUGGGAUCGACUUCAAGACAACCACAGUACUAUCUGCAAUGACAUUGCAAGCUCCGGUGAGCUUCUUACGGGCCUUACAACACACAGCCGGCUUGAUCGAUGUGUCACAAGGCAGCAACAACUUACUGAAGAACUCAUUGACUUAAGGAACAAUCUCAUUGUACGUAUGGGGCAGGAUAAGAAACCCGAAGCAGACCAUCGACAAACAACACCUCUCUGUCCAGCAAACAGCAGUCUCCGCGCGGAAGGACCUACAGCAAAGCUUCGACAAUCACAAAGAAAUACUUGAUGAAGAAUUAGAGCUCUGGGCUCAAAAAACUGGAAACGACAAAAUCACAGAACAGUCAGCUUAGUGACUCCUAUCUUGGCCAUUUGGAAA